AUGGUCGCUGGAAAUCAAUCGAAUGGCAAAAGCAACGCGCGCAAUCCGUACAGUCGCGGCGGUGGCUCCGCCUGGGCGCGCAACUCGCAAGGCGCACGCGCUAACGCCGUUCGCUCACGUCCUGGCCGCGGCAUGACGGAGGCUAAAGCAUACGCGCUGAAGAAAGGCGACGAGCUGGACAGCAAAUUUGGCUUCAAGUUGCUGCCCGAGUUGCUCGAACAAGAAAAGGAAACGCUAAAGGAAACAUCAACCAGCAACAUUUCCGUUUCCUCUUCUAUAUCAGAUUCCGGUGACCGCGCCAAGCUCGGCUGGCUCUUGAACCUACGCGCCUGUACACUCGCAGAUCCUCUCGACGGCAAGCGCGAAGUCAGUGGCCUCGAGCUGUACUUUCUCGAGCAAGACGGCAAGGCGUUCAAGACGCGGAUCGUCUAUGCGCCAUAUUUCUACGUCCGACCGGAAACCAACCGGUCGCAAGAAGUCCUUGCGUACUGUCUCAGACGCUUUGACGGGCUCGUCAGUAAAGCCGAGCGCGUGUUUCGAGCCGAUCUGGACCUGCCGGACCAUCUCCAUGGCCACAAAAAGGCGCUCUACGUCAAGCUCAGCUUUGCAACCGUCACGGGCUUGAUGAUGGUCAAGCGCGACCUCGCGCCGCUCAUUGCAAGGAAUCAGGAGCGACUGCACGCGCGUCAGGCGUACGAGCUGCAGGGCCGACAGACGAAAGAGCACGUGACCGAAGACGAUCUGGCGUUCUUUGGCGCAGACGGGACUGGUGCAGCCACUGGCACUUCCACAGCUGCAGCGGAUGAGAGCGAGAGUUCGUUGCUGGAGUUGCGCGAGUACGACGUCCCGUACGCGAUGAGAGCGGCUAUUGAUCUGGACAUUCGCGUCGGUGCGUGGUACCUCGUGGAUUACGACCCAACGGCGCCUUACGCGCCUUCCGAUGUGAAGCGCCAGAAGGAGAUGGUGGAGAAAGCGGAGCCUGUGGUUUGUGCCUUUGAUAUCGAGUGUACGAAAGCGCCGUUGAAGUUCCCAGACGCGCAAGUGGACCAGAUCUAUAUGAUUUCGUACAUGAUUGACAGACAGGGCUAUUUGAUUGUCAACCGCGAGUUUGUGUCGGAAGAGAUCCAGGAUUUCGAGUACACACCGAAAGAGGCGUACCCUGGCCCUUUUAUGGUCUUUAACGAAGAGAACGAGGAGCAGUUACUCAAGCGGUUCUUUGAACACGUGAUCGAAGAGCAACCGCAUAUUUUUGUGACGUACAACGGCGACUUUUUUGACUGGCCGUUCAUUGACGCGCGGGCACAAGUGCAUGGGAUCAAUAUGGCGCAGGAAAUUGGCGUUUCGCUCGAUGAGCGGAGCGGAGAGUACCGUGGACGUUGCAGUGUGCACAUGGACGCGUUUUGCUGGGUGAAACGCGAUUCGUACUUGCCACAGGGGAGUCAGGGCUUGAAAGCCGUUACGAAGUAUAAGCUGGGGUACGACCCAGUGGAGGUAGACGCAGAAGAUAUGGUCGCUUUGGCCCGUGACGAGCCGCUGAAGAUGGCGUCGUAUUCGGUCUCUGAUGCUGUUGCAACUUUCUACCUUUACGAUAAGUACGUGCAUCUAUUCGUGUUCUCCCUGUGUACAAUCAUUCCUCUGGGAUCCGAAGAUGUACUGCGAAAAGGGUCUGGAACCCUCUGUGAAGCGCUGCUCAUGGUUGAAGCUUUUCAAGGCAACAUCAUUUGUCCGAACAAGCAGAGCUCGGCUACUGAAGAGAAGUUCUACAAGGGACACCUUGUAGAGAGCGAAACGUACGUUGGUGGUCAUGUGGAGUGUCUAGAAUCAGGUGUGUUUCGUGCAGACUUCUUGUACGAUUUUCAACUGGAACCUAGUGCAUUUCAGCAAUUGAUCGACAAUAUUGAUCGUGACCUCCGGUUUUCACUGGAGAUCGAAAUGAAUGUCUCGCUUGACCGUGUUGCCAAUUAUGAAGAGGUUCGAAAGAAUAUUGUAGAUUGUCUCGUUGCACUCCGCGAGCGACCGAAUCGGAAGGAACAGCCGCUGAUCUAUCAUUUGGAUGUAGCAGCUAUGUACCCAAACAUUAUCCUUACGAAUCGGUUGCAACCAUGUGCAAUCGUAAAUGAGGCGGACUGUGCAGCGUGUGCGUACAAUACUGAGUGCGGUCGUGCUGCCGUUAAGGAUAAGAGCUUAUCUUGUCAGCGUGAAAUGGACUGGGUAUGGCGGGGUGAUUUUUACCCUGCUACCCGACCUGAAUACUAUUCAAUCAAAACGCAAAUCGAAUACGAAAACUUCCCUCUCGAUAAAAAGGCAGGUACGGUCAACAGAGGUACAGCAGGCAGACCUAAUGUUGCUGAAAGUACGGUGCCUUUUGCUCAGCUUCCUGUUGACAAGCAAGAACUGCUAUUGAAACAACGAUUCAAGUCCUAUUGUUCCAGUGUGUACAAGAAAACCAAGGUGACGGAAGAACAAAAGCGAUCUGCGACUGUCUGCAUGCGCGAAAAUCCGUUCUAUGUGAAUACCGUGCGUGCAUUUCGAGACCGUCGCUACGAGUACAAGGGACUCACAAAGGUCUGGAAAAACAAAGUGUCUGAAGCUGCCGAUGCGAAUGACCUCCUGGCCAAGAUCGAUGCUCAAAACAAGUGCCUUGUGUACGACUCCCUUCAACUGGCGCAUAAGUGUAUUCUAAACUCAUUUUACGGCUAUGUCAUGCGCAAGGGCGCGCGGUGGCACUCUAUGGAGAUGGCCGGUAUCGUGACGCACACAGGCUCGAAUAUCAUUACUGGUGCCCGUGAGCUGGUGGACCGAAUCGGGCGCCCCUUGGAGCUUGACACCGAUGGUAUUUGGGCCAUCCUACCGAAGUCAUUUCCCGAAACUUUUGUAUUUAAGCUUAUGAAUGGCGGCUCUAAGAGCAUCUCGUAUCCAUGUGUAAUGUUGAAUGCUGACGUGCACGCCAAGUUUACGAACCCGCAAUAUCACGAGCUUGACCCGGCUACAGGAGAGUACAACACGCACAAGGAGUGUUCCAUUACUUUCGAAGUGGACGGCCCGUACAAAGCAAUGGUUAUCCCUGCUUCUACAGAAGAGGGGCGACUACUGAAAAAGCGUUAUGCAGUAUUUAACUUUGACCAUUCUCUUGCUGAACUCAAGGGCUUUGAGCUGAAGCGACGUGGUGAGCUACAGCUGAUCAAGGCGUUUCAGUCGCAGGUAUUUGAGUGCUUUCUUGACGGCGAUAGCCUGGAAGAGUGCUACGCUUCCGUCGCCAAGUGUGCGAAUCGUUGGCUUGAUGUGAUUGACACUCGAGGCAAAUCGAUGGAUGAUGGUGAGUUGCUAGCUUUAAUUACUGAAAAUAAAAGCAUGUCCGGCAAGCUGGAUGAGUACGAAGGACAGAAGUCUACAUCGAUUACCACAGCUCGGCGGCUAGGUGAAUUUUUGGGCGACGAGAUGGUCAAAGAUAAGGGUCUAAAUUGUAAAAUGAUUAUUGCUGCACGUCCGUAUGGUGAAAAGGUGACAGAGCGUGCUAUCCCCACCGCCAUCUUCGCUACGGAAGACGCAGUGAGGCGGCAUUUCCUGAGAAAAUGGUUGAAAGAUCCCCAGUUGCAAGAUUUUGAUAUUCGCUCGAUCCUUGACUGGGACUACUAUCGUACGCGUUUCGCAUCGACGGUGCAGAAGAUUAUUUCGCUUCCAGCUGCUUUUCAGAAUGUCAGGAACCCAGUGCCUCGCAUCGAGCUGCCAGACUGGAUGCGAAAACAGGUUCGCGAGAAGAAUGCCAAGCAUCAGCAGGGCAACAUGAAGCAGUUCUUCAAAGCUGCAGUUAGAGACACUGACAACGGGGACUGUGUUGCCCGGUUAAUUGAUAUGGAGGAUAUAGAGAGAACGAACAUACCUAAUCGAUCAAGGAGACCAUUCCCGCUACAGCGGAAGAAGAAGAGAAGUGACCGCGACGACAGCAGUAUCAGUCCGAUUAGAGAAAUCGAUAUCGACGGUGCGGAAGGCGUAGCUGUGGUGCCAGUAAAGCUGGGAGAAGUGCCAUUUACAAGUUGGCUGAAGAACAGGAAGAUUAUGUGGAAGACCAUGCUUGGGAAGCGGAGACGAGAGCGAGAAGAACGCAUGCGGAUGUUAGGCGGUGCCGAGGGGUAUGGCGUGUUGAACGGUAUUCGUGGGAGCACCAAACGUUUCCAGAGUGAAGCCACAAAUGCUCGCGCAGCAAAGGGCAAUGGCGUAGGUAUGGAAAACUUCGUCGUUAAUGCAACAAGUGCGCUACAGCGAGAGUAUUGGCAAAUUGUCGAGAUCCAGCAAGAGCAAGGCGGAAUGUUCACUUGCUGGGUUUUAACCGCGCAUUCGCAGAUGCUUCAGCGCAUUACGCUAAAAAUGCCUCACGUCUUUUACAUCACGUGCAAAGAGGCAGACAACGAAUACUUGCUGUCUUUGCUGCCGGGUUCGAGACGCGUAUCUCGAAUCGUACCUCAUUAUGUAUCCAAGCCUCAAUCGGUUUUGGAGGUGACACUGAGCGAGCGACAGUAUCAACAGUAUCAGAAGGAGAUUGGCCAGAUUCUUGGCGAUCCGCAUGUAGACGGUGUGUACGAGCUACAAGUGUCGACUUUGACGCGGGCCGUUUGUGCGCUGGGCUGCGUAGCUAAGGUUGUUAACCCGCAUUUAUUGUCCGACAACAACCAAGAGUACGAGCUUGGUGACCUGCAGUUCCAAUCUACGACUCAGGCGCCUUAUCUCCUGGAUCUUCAGUGCUCAUUCGGCACAGAUGGGGAGGCAUCAUCGCCGCCAACCUCGCUGAUGCGACGAGUGCUACUAUACUUCGCUCAGCAGAAAAAACGCGCUAUCUUGGGUUUAGUCGUGCUGAAAGAGGGCGAUGAUAAUGUUAAAGCACGGGCCAUAGAGAAUGGCGUCAGCGAGGGCGACGCAAUCGUUUGGUACGUCGACCCGUUUUCCAAUGUUAAGUCUCAGGGCUCAAAUCUGAACCGCUUCUUUGAUCAAUUACUCCGGGAGUCUCAAAAAGAAGGUGACGCUGCCACUAUCCGGAGCUGUUCCUUCAAGACACACGUUGUGAAGACUGCGCAAGAAGCCUUUUCGGGUGUGAACACCGCCCUUGCACGGCUGGCCUCAAACAAACAGCGUGCUCCUAAGCCGACAAUCGUAGUGGUGCAGACCUGCAUUUCGUCAAGCAAGCGACUACGUGAAAAAAUGCAGGGUCUUCACAGCUUUCCCAUUGCUAUACUUCCCUGGAACAAAGAAGACACGUUAUUCCCUGCCCUCACGUGGCGGAAGCUGAUGGGGGAAAAGAUGAUUACCCGGUGUUUUGAAAUGACACAAUACUUCAUGGAUGUGCUAGAUUGUGCACGGUACGCACAUUUACCUGUGGGCAACUUUACUGGUGACCACUCAAUCGCUAUUUUAGACACGUUGUACUCUCGUAUCUUGACUAAGCACAAGCAUUUGUGGUGGCACUCGUCAACGUCGUUGCCAGAUCUUGGUGGCAAGGAGCAGGAGCAACAAUUUCAGCAACUUUUCAGUCAAUCCCUGCUUGGUUCAUCCUCAACGAGCAACGAUGCAGUUUUUCGACACCAAGUCGAUACAUCUGCUGUCGUAUGCGAGAAGGGAUCAUUCGUCGAUGUUUGCGUCGAGCUCGAAUUAGAUGGUCUUGCUGUCAAUGCGAUUCUCGUCGCGUCUCAGAUUCACAGCAUCGAAGGCUUGGGAGUUGCACAUCAGAUGGAGAUUGAUUUUGACGGCAACGGUGAGGGAGAAUCUACCAAGGCAGAAGGUCUCACCCCCGCCGUAGCGGAAGGUGAUGCCGAGCAGAACUGUCACGAAGCGUUUCGCCUCCUCCGUGCUAUGGUAAUAACGCUUUUUAAGGACUUCUUGGCCACCCGCAACAAGUUCGCUGAUCACGUGCUGCAGCAGUUCUACCGCUGGUUGUGCUCGCCAAACUCUCUGAGCUACGACCCCGCGCUACACGCAAUGGUGAAGCGUCUUAUGGAAAAAUUGUACUUACAGCUUCUUGCAGAGUUCCGUCGCCUGGGAUCACAAAUCGUCUAUGCUGACUUCAGCAAGAUCAUCAUAUGCACUAAGAAAAAGUCGGUGCGUGACGCGCAGAUCUCCCUUAAUUUUAUCUUGCAGACCGUGCUGUCCAACGAGCUGUUCCAGGUGCUCCAUUUUACGACAAAGAAGUAUUUCUCGAAUUUGUUAUUUAUGGAUGCGGAAAAUUACGGUUGCAUUCUGCUAAAAAAGGUGGGACUAGAAGGCAUCCAAGAGGAGGAGAGUGAUCAUAAUAUGGAUAGCAGUGACGACAAACCCUUGGAGAUCGUUUCUCAUUGGAACAUCGCAAAUUAUUUGCCUCGCGGUGUCGACGAGUACUUCCUCAUCUUGGUAGGUCAGUUUAUUCGUCGACGAGCAGAGUUUCAACAGCGCGAACAUCAACGGAUUGCAAACGGAGACGACGCCAAGCAUGACGCUACCGACGAUGUCGAUGAGCAGCUUGUUGAUGAGGACGAGAAGCAGUGUAGUCCGCUAGCCAAGUACUCACAACGGCUGAUAUCGUCGUAUUUUUCGGACAAGUUGCUGCGUUUAGUUCCGGAAAUUUUAACGUACAACAUGGAUCGAGACAGCUUUCCAGUGUUUGCUGGAUCACAUCUGCGAAUGGAAUCACCCGCGUUUGAGCUAGUGAAGUUCGUGACUUCCGUGUUUCUGCUAGAACCGAGCAUCGAAGCUCAAGUUGGCAAGAUGAGACGCACCCUGCUGAAAUUGCUACGUAAGAGCGAGUUUACCGAUGAGUCUCAAUUUCGCAACCCGUCGCUAUCGUUCACGGUACAGGAUGUCAUCUGUCUGUGUUGCAACCUGUGCCGAUCGAUUGAUCUGUGCCGUGACCCGCAGCUUUUCAAAAGUAGUGGGUCGCACCCGGACGAAGAUGACGCAGAUCUGGAAAAUAAAGACGAUUCAGAUACUUCCUUUGCAUGGCACUGCCCUCGAUGCUUUGCGUUGUACGACAAGACCGCAUUCGAAAUGCGACUAGUGGAGACGGUGCAAGCUCAGUCAGUGGCGUACCAACUUCAGGACUUGUACUGUCGCAAAUGUCGUUUGCCAGCUGAGCACAAAAUGCGCGAGUACUGCCCGUGUUCAGGGACGUACGCAUUGAUGCCUGGGGUGCGUGAAUCGUUGUUGGAGACGUUGCGUCUGCUGCACCGCGUCGCACAACAACAUAACUUCGAGUGGCUUUUAGAGACUGUUCAGCGCCUGGAGCGUGAAGUUGCGCAGCCAAGCCGGUAA